ACCAUGUGGUCCCGCCUUGAUGUGGUGACAUACUUCAGGAGUCCUCAGUGCACUGAGCUUUAACCUGUCAGAAUUUGACCAGACAAGUUUCUUCUGCUGCAGACACCUCCUCAUCUGACUGACCAACUCUGAGAAAGGCUAGUCUCAAGACAAGGAUGGAGAAAAUUUAUACAACAGAAUUCUAUCAUGGAAAUGACUCUCUGUAUGACUACGAGGAUGACUACGAGGAUGACUACGAGGAUGACUAUGAGUAUGACUACGAGGCAUUUGCUAAGCUGAGACAGUCUCUUAACACCAUGUCUCUCACUGGUUACUGCCUGGUCUUCGUUCUUGGCGUGCUCGGUAAUGGAGUGGUUAUCUGGGUGACCGGGUUCAAGAUGAAGAAAACAGUUAACACAGUUUGGUUCCUCAACCUCGCUGUGGCCGACUUCCUCCUCACAGCAUUCCUGCCUCUGGCUGUGACAUACACAGCCAUGGAUUUCCACUGGCCUUUUGGUAACUUCAUGUGCAAACUGAACAGCACCAUAAACUCUCUGAACAUGUUUGCCAGUGUCUACACCCUGAUGGUGAUCAGUGUGGACAGAUGUGUGUCUGUGGUGUGGCCAGUCUGGGCCCAGAACCACCGAAAUGUACGCAGGGCGUCGUACGUCUGUCUGGGUGUUUGGGUCCUGUCUCUGAUUCUCAGCGUUCCAAACUUCAUCUUCACGGACACUGAAGAAGAAGAAGAAAUGAUCUUUUGCUUCACCAACUUCGCUCUGUCAGAUGAUUAUGAAACAGAAUCUGUGCAACAGUUACGAAGCUUUCGUCAUCAGGCUGUGAUCAUCACCCGCUUCAUCCUGGGAUUUGUUGUCCCCUUCACUGUCAUUGUCUCCUGCUAUGCUGUGAUAAUCCAUCAUCUGAGGAGGAACCGCACCCUGGCCAACCAGUCAAGUCGACCCUUUAAGAUCAUCGCUGCCGUCAUCACCACUUUUCUCCUGUGCUGGGCUCCUUUUCACAUCCUGACUCUAAUUGAGAUGGUGGCUUACACAACUGAACAUUCAAAUGAAACAUUAUUCUAUGUCACUGCUGUCGGUGUCCGUGUAGCCACCAGCCUGGCGCUUCUCAACAUUUGCCUGAACCCCCUGCUGUAUGUGUUCCUCGGCCAAGAUUUCAAGCAUAUAGUUCGCAAAUCUAUCCUGAGGGUUCUGGAGACUGCCUUCCAGGAGGAGGGGACACGCCCUCAUACCAACACAGAGUCACUGUUCACUAGUCGCAGUAAAGAGCAGUCUGUUAUUGAUGCUGAAGUAUAAGGUUGCCCAUGAUAUGAAUAAUCAAAUAUUCUAACUGUACAUGACAAGUAACUUUUAUUUUAUUGGAAAUAGCCUUCCAUUAAGAGGCUAUUUUGUCCAUUUGUGGCUAUAUAUGUCAGCAAAGAAAAACAAACAGCCUAGUUAUUUAAAUUACAUAACUGGCUCAUAACUUAAACGAAAUAGUAAUUCAAUCAGUUUGACAAAGAACCUUUCUUGUCAUUAAUUAUAGAAAACUGUAAACUUUAUGGAACAGAAUGUAGAAGCUACAGUGUGAAGUAUUAUUUCUGAACCACUGCACAAACAGGCUUACAGCAAGUUAAUUUUGACAGCACCAGCUACCCCACUUUCACCUUGAGUCCUACACAACCCAACUUCCUCUACCAUCCAGACAUGAGAAAUGCUGGACACAGGAACAUGACAGUCCCCACAAUACCAUCUUUUUCUUGACCUGCACCAUUUUCAUGAUUUCAGUUUUGCUAUGACAUUUCCUCUUUUGGUCUAUUCAGUCAGUUUCUCACAGUAAAUCACCCUGAAAUGUUUCUUAUGAUCCACUGAGUACAUGGAUGCUAUUGUUCUUCAUUACCACCUGUUAUAUAGAUAUGCCAUGGAACAUUAUAAAAGUAAAUUGUGAUUCCAACAUAUUUACCACAUACUUAGCUAAACAUACGAUUUAUCUUUACUGUAAGGAAUGGCUAAUGUAAGCAUAAUAAAUACAUGUAGUAUUGUAAGUACGUUGUAGUUUUGUUUUGUUUUGUUUUUGACUGGAUAAAGUUGUUUAUUAAUAUAGACUUUCCUCAUGAUAUUCCUUGGCCAGAAGAGGGAUCUGUUUUACAUGUGGGAACCUGCUCAGUCAUUUGUUAUUAUGUAUAAAUAUUUUUAUAGGAUUAUCAAUAAAUCAUCCUGUAUUACUAUGAUAAA